AUGUCCGAGUACUCUUCUUCUUCAUCCGACUCUGAUCAAGACAUGGAUUAUUGGGAUUGCCCUCCAGAAUUGUCUCAAUUUCCUGUCUCGAACGCUCGCGAUACUCCCUGGUCUAUUGACCAAUUCACUCAGGCAAGCAGAAAUCGCCGCGAACGUUGUUCUCUGCAGCCUGUUUCUCCCAGACGAAUUAUCGAGCUGCCUAAGAUACACCAAAUAUCUGGAGGCUUUCUGCACGAGGAUGGCCUACUUCUUUACACGGCAGAACACUCAUCGGUGCUCAGGUGUUUGGAGUAUGCAAAGACUCACUGGCGAUUGCCCACUAAUGUGCCAGACAAAAUCCUUGCGCUCGCUGCACUCGAGACCUUCCUCCAUCCAUUCGAUCCAGCUCAUUGGUUGUUCUGGAGUAACGAGCAGAAGGAUCAAAGUGCAAAGCUAGUUCAGAGCCACAUAUGCCGUCGAACCCCAACUAUCUAUCAUCCUCUAUCUUGGUCUAUUCUCGAUUGGAAAUUUAGACUUUCUGGUUUACACAGUAAACAGCUGCCCGACGUUCUUUGUCGCGAGCCAUGGUAUGACACCCUGGUCCUUUCCACCUAUCUCAAGGAUUUGCCUAUCAGAGGCCCAGUACUGCGGAAACGCAAGGCUCAUCCUCCUACUGACGCUCCAACCAAAACCUCUGAGCGGACAAAAGACACAGACUCUUUGCCUGCGAAAAAAGCCCGAAUCACCAGAGCCCGGCCCUCACGCAAAGCUGCAUCGCCCAUGAAUUCAUUACUAGAACCUGAAACUCUUCUACUUAACAUGCCCAAUCCAGAUUCGUCUCUCAAUCCUGCUCGCAUCACUUCCGUUUUGCCUGAUGUUUUCAACCUCUCCCAACUUCCCCACCCACAUGCCAACCCAUCUGCAUCAUCCGGUUGCUCUAAUGACAACUUUUCGCGACAGUCACCCAAAAUCUUAUCAGCUCGGCUUCCGAAGCGUGCUUCCACCUCGUCUACAUCUUCUUCUCCGACUUCCUCGUCCAUCGUCCUACCUCCCCCCGAAUAUUCACGUACGCGUUCUUCCUCGAGAUUGUCCGCCCAGACACUAGUGGAUGAUACCAGGGAUCUCUCUCCCUCCGUUUCUUCUGCUACGACAGUCGCCGAUUCAUCUUCCGCAAAAGGCAAGCAGAAAGCUGUUGUUGCACCCGUGGAAUCCGAAGCGAGGCUCAUAGGCGUAAUUGAUGUUAAGGACAUUGCGUCCCUCGCCGAAACCUUCAACGACGAAGCCGACGUUUUUUUCUCCAGAGUGACGAGGUCUCGCACAGGUGCUUCCAAAACGGAGGUAGCAACUUCGGGACCACAACGGUCUCUACUCGGCCGGAAAAAUCGAUUGAAUAACGUUCAUCCCUAUUCCACUGAAAAAACAGCGCGCGGACUGGCUCAUUCCAACUCUGGCGCUACCGAGAAGCUCAUCGAUUCCGAAACUCUUGUCCCAUCUCCGGCACCGCGAAGUCGGAGUAGGAAGGCAAAGAUCAGUCGGAGGUGA